AUGUUCAAGAAAGACAUAACCCCUGGCGCGAAAUCCAAAGUAAAAUCUAGCGCGCAACGCGGCAUCCGCUCCAAAGUCCUCGAAGAAUACCCAAAGCUAGAACCCUACAUCGAAGACAUACUGCCCAAAAAAGAGCAAUUGGAUCUCGUAAAGCUACCCGACCGCGUAUCUCUCUACACCCUAAAUUCGACACCCCUCUUCUUCCAGCACAUGGACGACGCACUCCUCCCGCACCUCACCCUCGUGCACAAAUACCCUUUUGCAUUCAACCGUCUGCGCAUCGACCGCGGCGCAAUCCGCUUCGUGCUCUCUGGCGCUACGCUCAUGGCGCCCGGUCUCACAUCCCCGGGUGGCCGCUUACCCGGUGCUGAUUUGAGCGACGAGGAUAAGGAGAAAUAUGGGGCGGAGGAGCUGAAGGAGGGUGCUGUGGUGGUUAUUGAGGCUGAGGGAAAGGAGACGGCGUGUAUGGUUGGCGUGCUGAAGAUGGGGACGGAGGAGAUGAAGAAGGUUAAGAAGGGACAGGCGUGUGAGGCGGGUCAUUAUCUGGGAGAUGGGCUGUGGGGAUUGAAGUUGGAUUGA